AUGGGCUUCAGUGCGCUCCUGUGCGCGGGUGUUGUAGUUUUGUGCAGCGCCGCUCCGUUUAAACUCCCGCAGAGAAACGAGCCUCACAACGACAGACCGAUCAUCGGGAUUCUGACGCAAGAGGUUGACAAUGAGUCAAUGAAAAAGUUUGGAAAGACAUACAUCCCUUCAUCAUAUGUGAAGUACAUUGAGUCCGGGGGAGCUAGAGUUGUGCCAAUUAGGCUAAACCAGAGUUUGGCAGAGCAUGAACAAAUCUUCAGGUCAAUAAAUGGCAUUGGAGAUGAUUGCAAGGCUUCAUCCAGUCGUAUGUUUACCAACUUCCCAUCUGACGUCCGUAAAGCAUUGUCCCAGGAACCGCUUACUGGAAAUUUCCACCAUUAUGGAGUGACCAAAGCGGCAUUCAUGGGAAAUGAGAAAUUAAGUGGCUUCUUUUCAGUGCUCUCCACAAACAUAGCACAAAAUGGCCUUGAGUUUGUUUCUACCGUGGAAGGCAGGAAGCACCCUUUCUAUGGAGUACAGUGGCAUCCAGAAGUGAACCGCUUUCAGUGGGACCCUCGUUACAACUUUCCUCAUUCCAGCAAUGCUGUGCGCGUGUCGUCCUUACUGGCUGAAUUCUUUGUAAAUGAGGGAAGGAGAAGCUCCCACCACUUCAGUGAAGCAGCAGAAGAGAGCAGCGCGCUGAUAUACAACUACAACCCUGUGCAUGUGGCAAAUAUCUCUGCAUAUGAACAAUCUUAUUUCUUCUGAGAGACACAAUAUAGGAGGACAUUGAGAAAGACAAAGAAAGAAAACACCUGUCAAGAUAUUUCAGACAAAUGUACUGUAAUAGACCUCAUC